AUGAAGCAGGUAUUCUUCCUCGGGGCAACAGGCUACAUAGGAGGUUCUUUACUUGUAGCAUUGAUCAAAGAACAUCCCGAAUUUCAUUAUGUGACACUUGUACGCUCCGCAACCUCGGAAGAAGCGGUGAGAGCAAUUAGCGCAACGGUUAUAUCUGGCUCCUUCACGGACUUCGAACGAAUCACGGAAUUGUCUGAACAAUCAGACAUAAUCAUCAAUGCUGCAGAUAGCGACAAUAUCGAGCUCACGGUUGCAAUUCUGAAAGGAAUGAAGUCGAGGUAUACGAAAGGGAACGGCGUAGGGAUUCUUCUUCACACGAGUGGUACAUGCAACUUCCUGGGGGAGAAGCCGCUAUCUGGUGACCCAAGGACUACGGCCUGGACUGAUUCGGAAAUGGAUGUCAAACUAAUCAAUCCUUCCAUGCUUCACGGUCAAGUUGACACCCUGAUACUGGAAGCUGGUCAAGAAGGGUACAUGAAUUCAUACAUAAUUUGUCCCUCUAUGGUUCAUGGGCAAUGCUCCGGGCCGGUACCUCGGACUCCGGCUCUCGUUAAAAUGCUUGUGUCAUGGAUGCUAGAGCGUAAUUAUGCGUUUUGUAGCGGAUCUCCGACCACUUGCUCUGGAUUAAUCAACAUGGAGGACCUCAUUCCCGUCUAUUUGAUUGUCUUUCAGUGUGCUCUCCAAACUGGUUCAUCCUUGUCGAAGAUGAGCCCAUAUGCGCGAUAUUACAUCGCGACUGGGGAAGAAAUGACUUGCAUGGACACAUUUGUCUUGGUGGCAGAAGCACUGCACGAUAAAGGAAAGCUAGAAUCGUCAGAACUGAAUAGGGUAUCCCCAGAAGAACUAAGCUUAGUUGGGAGCAUUUCUACGCUCGGGAUGCAUGUAUGCUGCGAACACCUUUUGGAGAUGGGUUGGAAUCCAGGUGCUCCAAGCUUCAGACAGACAGUAGCGAAUGACGUUGAUAGCGUCUUGACAGAGCUGCAUCUCUAA